UGAAAUCUAGAUUAAUAUCUAAAUAUGUGACUGUGGGCACUCUUAUUUUUAAAAUAAAUUUCAAAUCCUUGAAAGGAAGUGGGCCGAGUCCCAAGAACUGAACACUUUUUACAAAUUUAAAAGACUUUUUAAUUUGAUUCAAUAAUAAUAUAUUACUGCGGUCACUUAUUUAUUUAUCAACCUGUUCAUUAAAUUAAGUUUCUGGGCACAAAACGGAUGUGGAACAGCGGUCAAAAAGAGAGUUGUGGAUCUGUCAUGCAAUGACCUACUCCGUCCAACAGGGGCAGAAAGAGGGUUGUGGAUCUGUCACGGUCGAAGAUCUGCUGGGCUCUCCGGCUCUCGAUAUUUUUAUGGUUAUAUUUUAUGGUUGGGGAAACGUCAUCACACGCUAGAGCCAAACUCCGACUGUCGGCUCUGUACAACGAACAGAACAUUACGAAAAUUAUAUCAAUUCUGAAUCUCCUAUCCCUAGCCCUCAUCCUAACCCUAACCUGACAGACGAUGACGUUUCACAGUCAUAAGGAAUAACCAAUCGGAGCUCAGCACAUAAAGGCAAUCAAAAAUCGCCUCCGGCUCUGCGGGCACCCCCUUAUCGUCCUUUUUGGCCUUGGUCAGUUUACUCAGCACACCUGUCAGACACCUCAACACCUGUGCGGACAGUUAUGGUUGACCAUUACCACCAGAGGGCGCGCUGUCAACAUAAUAUACUGACAGGCUGACCGUCGAAGAUGUUCUCUGAGACAGAUGAUACACUUUGAGUAAAAUCUCAGGUCCGAGUGCGCGCGCACACACGUUCAUGUUUUAAUUAAGCAGAGAGACAGACGGGUCCUCGCUGAUUGGAGCAGGAGGAUUUGAACGGGGCUUUCUCUGGGACUGAUCACCGGAUCAGACCGGCUGGCCAAACAGGGACCGGAACCAGAGUCUGGACUGAGUUCGGAGUGGGUGUUGACCGUUAGGAGAUGGGAUCUCGCUCCGGUAAGUUCUGCUGUGAUGACCGGAAAAAAAAAAGUGAAACCAUAGGACCGGAGAUGGUCGAUGAGUUUUUCGAUGAGAAAAAAUUAAUGAGAAUAAAUGAGAAUUUCAGGAAAAUUAAUCUAAUAUUCUAAAUUAACGAAGUAGCGGUCUCUACGUGGGAGUUCUCAUGUGGAGGACACCAACCCGCCCGGUGGGGUUUGGUUUUGGUCUUCAGAGAGGACUCACGGUUUAAUAUCACAGUAUCUUCAGAGUUUGGUGUUGCAGAUAAAUCGUGGGGAUUCACAGCCUUUUUUGGAAAACUUUGUGCAGAGUUUCUCGAGAUCACAGAAGUUGACAAUAGCGUUUAAUGGAGACUUUCACUAAAAAAAUUCUAAUGUUAAACUGUAAAAUAACCUGCUUUAAGCUGGUUAAGCUUUAAUUUAAUGAAAAAGGAGUCAAAAAUAUAUUCAAUUAUGUGGCAAACCUUACAGGAUCUAUGUCGAGAAUUAUAAAGAAUGAUUUAUUACAUAAAAAUAUCAAGUUCACAUUAGGGAACUUCUCUAAGAUUCAUAAUUUUUUUAACUGUUAUUAUUAUUGUCAUUUUUACACAAGGAAGAAAUAAGAAAAUCACUCUCAUAAGAAAAUCAAGACAUAUUGUAAAAUUUGGAAGUCAUAUUACAAAAAUGAAGUCGUGGUAGAGUCAUAGUAAUAAUGGAUUAUAAAGUCGUCAUGUUAUCUGAAUGAAGUGUCAAACAGCAUUAUGCUGCUAAUCGUUAUCGUAAAUUAACAACUGUGAAUAAACAGCUUUAUUCUCACAAGAAGAAAAUUUGUAUUUUUUUUCUUUAAGGUGGCCAUGUGAGCAGCUUCGUGAGAAACAAACCAGAAUUAUUUUAAAAUAAGGAAAUAAAUACGUAAAAAUAAAGUGGUUAUUUUACACGGAGAAGUCACAAAUUACAAAUUAAGAAAGGAUAAUCUUGAACGAUUGAAGUUAACUCCAGAGAUAAUGUCAUGAUUUGAUAUAUAUUUGAAGGUGUAAAACUGACAGAUACGUUAAAAUAUUUCAGAGAGACGAAGACAUCAGUUUUAUUGGUGAAGUCACAAAUACAUGCAAUAAAGUCAAAUUUGUUUCAGGGGUCCGACCUAUUUGCCUCCCUUUGCCUAGAAUAGAAUAGAAUAUUCCUUUAUUGAUCCCCCAUGGGGGAAAUUUUUUUGUCACAGCAGCAUCACAGACAAAGAGAGCAAAAAUGCAGUUAUAAAAAUAAAGGUCCACAUAUUAAGAACUUAAAUAAAUGUAAUAAUUAAGAAAACAUUUAGAAAAAAGGGAGAAGAAAAAUAAAACUAGCUACAAUAUACACAAUUUAAAUGCCAGAAAAAAGUGGUGGUGUAAAUCCAGUUAUUAUUACAGUUCGUUGUAAAGUCUUAUUGCAGAAGGGAGGAAUGACCUGCAGUAGCGCUCCGUCCUGCAAGGUGGAAGUCUCAGUCUGCUGCUGAAGGAGCUGCUUAAAGCCCCCACAGUCUGGUGCAGUGGGUGAGAGGGAUUGUCCAUGAUGGAUACAAGCUUUGCUAACAUCCUCCUCUCACCCACCUCCUCCAGGGAGUCCAAAGAACAGUCCAGGACAGAACUGGCCCUCCUGACCAGUCUAUUCAGUCUCUUCCUGUCCCUCUCAGUGCUCCCUGCCCCCCAGCAGACCACUGCAUAUAAAAGUGCAGAUGCUACCACAGAGUCAUAGAAAGUCCUGAGCAGAGUCCUGCACACUCCAAAAGACCUCAGUCUCCUCAGCAGGUGUGGACGACUUUGGCCCUCCUUGUACAGGACGUCUGUGUUUGUUGACCAGUCCAGUUUAUUGUUGAGGUGGACAUCCAGGAAUCUGUAGGACUCCACCAUCUCAAUGUCCAGACCCUGGAUGUUCACUGGAACAGUCUGAGGUGUCCUCCUCCUGCGGAAAUCCACGACCAUCUCCUUUGUCUUACUGGCAGUAAGAGUACUGGUAGUCCACGGUUCUUGCAGCUAGGUGACAGUCCACUCCCGCCCGCUCGAGCUUCCCCCUGAGCAGUGAAGGCUGGAUGGUGUUGAAAGCACUGGAGAAGUCAAAAAACAUGACCCUCACAGUGCUGCCGGUGUUCUCCAAGUGAGCCAUGGACCUCUGCAGCAGGUAGAUGACUGCGUCGUCCACUCCAAUGUUCGGCUGGUACGCAAACUGCAGAGGAUCCAGAUGAGAGCUCACCAGGAGGCGGAGGUUCCUCAGCAUGAUCCUCUCCAGAGUCUUCAUCAGGUGAGAAGUGAGGGCCACAGGUCUGAAGUGGUUGGGCUCCCUGGGGUGUGCUGUCUUGGGGACAGGAAUCACGCAGGAAGUCUUCCACAGUGUUGGGACCCUCUCCAGACCCAGAUGUGCAGUAGCACCUCACAGAGCUGGUCUGCACAGUCCUUCAGGAGUCUGGAGCUGAUGCCGUCAGGACCCGUGGCUUUCCUUGGCUUCAUCUUCCUCAGCUCACUUCUCACCUGGUCAGCUGUUAUGGAGAGGCUGGGGGUGGUGCUGGAGGGGGUGGUGGAGGAUGAGUGGAGGGGGGGUGAUGAUGCCGGUGCCAUGGGACUGAGGUGGUGUAAAGAAGAAGCAGCAGAUGGGUCACUGGUUUGAUGAGUCGGUGGAGGAGUGGGAGCAGAGUCAAAUCUAUUGAAGAACAGAUUCAGCUCGUUGGCCCACUCCCUGUCUCCUGCUUCAGGUCCCCUCUCAUGGCCCCUGCUAUGACCUGAGAUGGAUUUCAGGCCUCUCCAGACCUUCCUGCCGUUGUUCUGUUGCAGAAGGUUUUCCAUCUUGGUCUUGUAGCUGGCCUUCCCCUCUCUGAUCUUCUUCUUCAGCUCCUUCUGCACCCUCCUCAGCUCCUCCUUGUCCCUAGAUUUAAAGACCCUCCUCUUCUCCUUCAGGAGGACUUUAAGUUCUGGGGUCACCCAGGGUUUGCUGUUGGAGAAACACCGUACUUUCCUGGUGGGUACGGUGUUCUCAACACAGAAGUUUAUAUAGUCUGUGGUUCAAUCUGUCAUGGUGUCGAUGUCAUCACCAUGUGGGCCACACAGUACAUCCCAGUCUGUGGUCUCAAAACAGUCCUGCAGCGCCUCAGUGGCCUCCUCAGACCACCUCUUAACAUACCUGAUGGUGGGGGGUUGUUUCUUCACCAUAGGUAUGUAAAUGGGCUGCAGUCUCACCAGGUUGUGAUCUGAGCGGCCCAGUGGGGGGAGGAGGUGUAUGUAUCCUUGGUGUUUGCAUACAGUAAGUCCAAAGUUUUAUUGUCUCUUGUUGGGCAGUUUACAUACUGGCUGAAGGUAGGGAGAGUGGAGGAGAGCGAUGCAUGAUUAAAGUCUCUAGAGAUGAUGAUCAGAGACUGAGGGUGUGAUGUCUGUAGCUUGGACACUUCACUGUGGAGGAGUUCACAGGCUGCAGCAGCAUCAACCGAGGGGAGGAUGUAAACAGUUAACGCCUAAUGGUAAAGUCUGCCACUGUAGGUGUUAUGACAGUGAUAAUUAAAAGGUGAUAAUUCCAUUAAACUGAUCAUAUAAACAAUAAAAUGAUCAGUAUAAUGAAAUUAUCACCUUUUGAGAAGCACUUUUUAUAAUAUGACUUCCAAACUUUACAAUAUGGCUUUAGGUUCUUUCAAAAUCAGAUUGUGAAGCUCUGGUAGAUUAAAUCAGAUUAUUAAAACAGGUUUUCAGUAAAGAGUCAAUUAUUAUUAUUAUUAUUAUUAUUGUUAUUGAUGUUUUGCCAAUAAAACUUUUUGAAAUUGAAAAUUGAAAACACACACACACACACACACACACACACACACACACACACACACACACACACACACACACACACACACAGAUACAGUGAACUAAUUGGUCGAUCUCUCCUCAGGAGUCCACAGCAGGAUGAAAACUCUCACCUGAAAAAAAAAAACCUCAGUAUGAAAUCAUCAAGCCCCGCCCCCUCCCACCUCCCAGAGCGCUGUUGUUAUGAUCACAGUCAUCAUCAUCAUCAUCAGACCAUCUCAUUCAGGACUGGACAGAGCCUCAGUCAGAGCUCAUCGUGGCCCCGUCUCCUCCUUUACCUCUGGCUCUUCUGGAUUGGUGGACAGAUGUUCCAGGUGAGCGCCUCCCAUCAGCACUUCCACCCUCACUCCAUCAAGAUACCUGGUGACAUCACUCUGGGGGGUCUGUUCCCGAUCCACGCCCGUGGCCCCCACGGUCUUCCCUGUGGCGAACUUAAAAAGGAGAAGGGGAUCCACCGCAUGGAAGCCAUGCUGUACGCUCUGGACCAGAUUAACAGCGACCCAGAGCUUCUGCCCAACAUCACGCUGGGCGCCCGGAUCCUGGACACCUGCUCACGAGACACCUAUGCCCUGGAACAGUCACUCACCUUUGUUCAGGCGCUGAUCCAGAAAGACACGUCUGACAUCCGCUGCUCCAAUGGAGAACCGCCCCUCAUCCGGAAACCUGAGAGGGUGGUGGGCGUGAUUGGGGCGUCUGCCAGCUCUGUGUCCAUCAUGGUGGCCAACAUCCUGAGGCUAUUCGAGGUGAGAGACACAAAGGUAACAGACAGGUGAUAUGCAGGUGAUAUACAGGUAACAUACAAUUCUAUAGAGGUGAUACAUAGAUGAUGUACAGGUGAGAUACGGGUGUUGUGCAGGUAAGGACAGGUGACAUUCAGGUGUCAUACAGGUAAAGAAAUACUUAUACACAGGUAAUAUGCAGUUGUAUUCAGAUGACAUAUGCUGUGAAGAUCAAAUACAAAUCAAACACAGGUGAUAUAUAGGUGGUUUACAUGUGAGGGAUAAUGUAUUAAAUGAAUGAAAAGAUAAUGCUGAUAAUGUUAAUUAUAAUGAGGAUGAUGAUGAUAAGUUAAUAAUGACGUUGAAGAUGCAGGUGGUACUGAAGUAUGAAACUAAUAAUAGUGAUAUUGGGGAAAAGAUAGAAUGAUCAUUCUGACAAAAAACUGAUGAUAUUGUCUGAUCACGGUGGGAACAAUGAUAAUGAUGGUGAGGAUAAUGAUAAUGGUUGUAACCAUGAUAGUUAUGAUGAGGACUGAAAUAAUGGUUAACGAUAACUAUGAUGGUGGUUGUUAUGAUGAUAAUCAAAGUAGAUUGAUAAAGAUAAAGAUGAAAUAAUUAAUAAUAAUAAUAAUAAUAAUAAUAAUAUAUUUUAUUUGUAACGCACUUUACAUUUGAAAACAAAUCUCAAAGUGCACAACAAGACAACAAUAACAGUAAAAUCAAGCAACAGGGCAAAACAAUAAAAACAGUCAGCAGAUAAAAUCAGAUAAAAUUAGGCCCAAACUACACGAAUGCGGAUAUAUUUCAAACCGCACAUAUUUAUGUCCGAUUAGGCCUCCCUACCACACCAAAACGGGAGUUUGGAGCACUCAAACCGGAUAAAUCUGAAACCGGAAAAACAAGUGGAGAAAUAAAAAAAUAUCCGUAUCCCGUAUCCGUAUCCGUAGUGGAUUCGUGUGGUCGGACUUUUACGGAUCGAUGACGUCAAAUCGCAGCUCGCGAAUUAAAAAGAAAAACAACAACAACAACGAUGGCGGACAGACAGGGUAUUCUUUACGUUUGUUUUGCCCUUUUGGGGCUAAUUUCAGCCUUUCAAGUGAACCAUGUUUUAUACAAUUACAUCCACCAGUCAGCCAGCUCACAGACGCGUCUGCUGCGGCCAAUACUUUUAUUGGUCACAUGGUCCGUCACAUGGAUCCGACGCACUAGCGUAGCUUCCGCAAACAAUGCAUGACGUAUCACGCUGUUACGAUUCAUCGGCCAAUCAGGUAGCUGCACCAGAUAGGAUUGAGUUUGAAGGCUACGUGUGGACGCAGAUAUUUCUGAGAACGAACACGUGUGGACAGAUACAUUUAUUUAGACGGGAGAACAAAAAUAUCCUGAUCAAUAAAUAUCCAUAUACGUGUAGUUCGGGCCUCUGUCGGCUUAGGUAGGCUUUCCAAAAGAGGAAGGUUUUGAGUGAAUAUAGUGAUGAUGGUGUUGGUUUUAUUUUAACCAGGUAUAAUUGUGGUACAUGUUUUUGAGUUUACUAUGGCUCCUCGGACCAAUCAGAGUGUAGAAUCAGUGUGAUGUCAUAGAUCCCCAGAGUUCAGCCACAGAUAGAUCUGUGAACUGAGGCAUAAAGACUGAAUGAUGAUGAUGAUGAUGAUGAUGAUGGGGGGUAUUUAAUGUGUGGUCCAUUAAUUUACCUGCACACACCCACACAUACACACACACAGGGAGAGAGAGAGAGAGAAAGAGAGGUUUAUGUAUUAAUGUGAUUGUUACUGGUUUGCUGACACACAUACAGCUCUGGCUAUUACACACCACUAAGCCACUGUGUGUGUGUGUGUGUGUGUGUGUGUGUGUGUGUGUGUGUGUGUGUGUGUGUGUGUGUGUGUGUGUGUGUGUGUGUGUGUGUGUUGCUAUUUAUGGUCAUUUAGGGUCAAACACCAUAACACUGAGUUAGACAUCCCCUCCAGAGAUGAAUGCUGCCGACCGUUUGCUUCUCUAGUUAUACCUCAACCAAAACGCCACUCUAUAUCCACAGAUAAUGCUCAGAAGAACAUUUAUGAUCAUUUCUUCAUGGAAAUGCAAUAAUGCAAUCAGACCAAGACACUAAGGCAGAAGAACUACCGCAUCUGCAGUGCAAAAUGAUUAAUAUGAUAAUUAUUACUUCAAAGAAAUGAUCAUAAAUGUUCUUCCUUGAGCUGCGUCACCCCGCUGUAGUCUGUAAUGGACUGGCCUGAGGUCUCACUACAAACAAGCGUCUGCUGAAAUAGAGUAGGUGAGUUGUGUUUAGUCUCUUUGUUAAAGAAAUGAGUCAAAGUUAAAAAGAUGUUUGGUGUCUAGUACUAUGGCUGUGACCCUAUAUGUACUGUUGAUGAAGUUAGGUGCUGUUCUGAGCAUUAUUUGUGGUUAUAGAGUGGUGUUUUUGUUGAGCACGUGUCUCUCUGUAUUGCUAUCCUGCGGUUGUUACUAAAGUUGGUAUAACUAGAGAAGCAAGCGGUCUGCAACAUUCAUCUCUGGAGGGGCUGUCUACCUUGGUUUUGCAGAGUGUUUGACCAUAACUUAAAUUUUAUGCUGGAGUAUCCCUUUAAAGGGCCGGUAUCUUUACCUUUUUAAUUCUGAUCUUUUUGUGGUGACUGAUUUAUAAUUCUUUAUUUUUAAAUAUGAUUUCAGAUCCCUCAGGUGAGCUACGCCUCCACAGCUCCAGAACUGAGCGAUAAUAAUCGGUACGAUUUUUUCUUGCGGGUGGUUCCUCCAGACUCAUAUCAGGCUCAGACCAUGCUCGACAUCGUGAAGGCUCUAGGAUGGAACUACGUGUCCACGCUGGCAUCGGAGGGAAACUACGGCGAGAGCGGGGUUGAAGCCUUCAUGCAGAUCUCCAGAGAGGCCGGUAGGUUCGGUGUCCACGAUUCAGGUGUUUUGGAGGUUCACUAUCAGAUAUACUUUGAAUUCAUCUACCAGUUUUACUCUUGGGAGAUAUUUCCAUCCCAUCUCCAUGCAGAGCAGGUGUAGAGCAGACUCUUUGUUCCAUUAUUCACAGAGCCAACAUUAAUCCAGCAUGAGACAGGGACACCUCCUCCAACAGGCUGAGUUAUUACAAACCCACUUUUAAAACAAGUUAGUGCCCAGCAUAACAGAAUCUGACUGGAUGUAAAAUAUUCACACACUAUAUUUGACUGCAAUUAGCCCAAAGACGACAUUUCAGAUGUUCAAUCCAACAAGUGUGAUUGUUUUAUUUCAAUAUUUGCUCAUCUUAAAGGUGGGGUCGACAGGAAUCCAUUAAAGAAGCAUCUUUUUUUGUGGUGUAUAAACAAAAAAGCUUUUAAUAUCAGUCAAUAUUUAUUAGUUAUUGAUGACAUUUGAGAAUAUGACAAUAUCUCUGUGUUCUCAUAUGUCUGUGUCGUCAACAUUUUAACAUUUUUGAGCGGUCCGCUCUUUCUGACUGUAAACAAAGCCGUUCUCCACCUCCUCUAACCUGAUUGGUUGUGAGGCAGACGCUGCUCCCCCGUGUCGUUCAGGAGCCCAAACAAAGUUAGUGUAACCCAGGUUACUAGGCUCUGAUGAAAGGAUCAUCAAUUUAUUAAACAAAUAAAUACAUAAAUAUCGAGGUUGGUUAAAUAAACACGCCUAAAAUGAUUCUACAUGGAAUAAAUAAAUCAGUUCAUGGUUUAAAAAUAUUAAAAGGUCAAUAAAUAGGUGAAAACCAGUAAUAAUACACAAAUUAUUACAUCUAUUAAAAAGGGUAUUUUAGUUCAUUUGAAUGUGUUUUUUUUUAAAAGAAAAAAGAUGUGUACAAGAUUCGGGUGACAUGCGGAGUUCACAUGACGCAACGUAACCGAUCAGACGUGAUCGGGGUCAGGGGUCUUCUUCCGGUCUCUCUCCCGCGGACUUGGACAAAGUAGCUGCACGCUAAUCUUUCACCGCAGAUUAAAAAACUGACUUUCAGUGCAAGAGAGCAAAAUUUUAGGAAGACGGAGGCUGUUUUAAUUCGGCACGGAGACCGGAGUCUUUUCUUUUCUUUCCUGUGGGUCGGGUUGCGGACCGUUAAACUUGAGAGCUGGACUGCUGAUGAUCCGUGUGGGUGACAUUUGGUCUGAAGAAGUGUGUGUGUAAAUACUGCUUGAGUUUCUGGCCGGGUCUUUUUCUUCCCUGGAUUCAAGAAACGAAGAAUUCUUCUGCUGGGUUCUUCCCUGUUCUGUAAGGUAGAGGGGAGGCUCAGUGGUUGUGGCGGGCCACCCAACAAGGACUGUGAUCUUCGAUUUUGUUUGGAGUUUAUUUUGUGAAUAUUGUCACUGAGCUCAUAUGUAGAUGAAUACUGUUCUCUGUUUUAAGGGUUUCUAUUUUUUUUCUAACGGUUACUUAUACAAUUCAACACAAAACCUACCUAUUGUCAUUUGAGUCCUUUACUCUGUCAUUCAUUACAAAUUUCAAAUACCCCUUUCUCCUGUAGCGAAUUUAGUCUUCUGAUUUACUGGUCCAUUGAGUUGUUAAUAUUAUAAAGAAACAUAUCUGUAUCAUCUAGCUAUUGAUAAGGACAGUCAAGGCUGAGGUGGGUUACAGAAACUUGGCGAGCCAGCCAGGAGAAAGUGGAGUAUUAUUGAGUGGCGAGAGUAAACGGAAAAGAUAACAGUACAAUGGAUGUUGUGAAAAAUGAAGGUGUAAAUGUUCGUAACUCAGUUCUUGUUAGUGGGUUAACUCAAACUGAAGUGGAUGUGGAGCUUGAGAGGUACCUUGAACGUUAUGGCUCCGUUAACAGAGUGUUGGUUAUUGAUGAUGCAGAAUCAGAGCAUCACCUCUGCUCCAUUGUAGAAUUUGCUAAUAGCGCUGCAAUGCAAACACUCAGGCCCACACUGCCCAUAAAGUAUCAGAGCUCAACAGAUACAAAUGCUACCUUUCAUGUACGCUCACUAGAUAGUGUAUACACCAGCAUUGCUAGCAGUAGCGCCACCAAAGGGUAUCUUGAGGAACUGCAAGCUAUUGCUGACGAGAGUGGGAGAUCAAUUGAAAGUGUGCUGCAGGGAGAACUGAUGAAGAUAAGUUCAGAAAAAGGUGUCAACUUUCCUGCUGAAACUACACCAAUCAAAGUCUCUCAAACUGAUGUGACUGAUCGUGAGGUUGAGACUAUUAAGGGGUCAACACCUGCAACGCAACAGUCUUCUCUUCUGCUCCGCUCUGUCUCACCUGAGGUGGUCAAGAACCUACCAACUGUAUUCCCGCCAUCUCCCUCACCUAGAUGUGUUCAGCGUGGACUGAGAGGUGGUCCUCAGGCUGCUAACACGAACACUCAUCGCCAAGGGUCCCCGCCGACCAGAGCCAGUAGUGGUGACGCAGCCGCAUCAACACAUUCAGUCCUCACCGUGGACGAUGUAAAUCCUCCAGCUGUACAGAGAGUCGUUGUUGAACAUGUCAUGCGAACUCAUGAUGCUAUGUCCCCCCUGCACUCUUCAGUUCGCCUCAGACCCUUCUCUGGGAAGAUGCCUCGCCCUAAUAGUGAACUUGAUUAUGACACCUGGAGAGCCAAUGUGGACUUAUUCUUAACUGACCCCUCCAUGUCUGACCUGCACAGAACACGCAAAAUCCUAGACAGCUUACUGCCUCCGGCUACUGAUGUUAUCAAACAUGUUAGCCCCCAGGCUUUGCCAUCGGUGUACCUUGAGCUACUUGAUUCAGUCUAUGGUUCUGUGGAGGAUGGAGAUGAGCUGUUGGCCAGGUUUAUGGGGACACUGCAGAACAAUGAUGAGAAGCCUUCUGACUUUCUGAACCGCUUGCAGGUUGCUCUGAGUGCUGUAGUUAGACAAGGUGGCGUAGCCGAGAGUGAGAGAAACCGCUAUCUCCUAAAGCAGUUCUGUCGGGGCUGCUGGAAUGAUGGACUGAUCGCUGAUCUUCAAUUGGAGCGAAAAACCAACACACCACCCUCCUUCGCUGAGCUCGUGCUACUCAUCAGGACGGAGGAAGACAAACAGGCAAACAAACACAAUCGUAUGAGAAAACACCUUGGACUACACAAAUCAAAUCCUGCUGCCCCAAAGCUGAGAGCUACAGCACAACAGUUAGUUGCAUGCGGUUGUACUACACCUGAGAGAGAAGUUAGUGAAACUGAAGUCUUAAAGAAACAGCUUAAUGAAAUCCAAGCUCAGGUUGCUGUAAUGCAGACCCCAACCCCACGUAAAGCUAAAGUCAGUGGUCCUGAUACAACUGAAAUCAAUACAUUGCAAAAACAAAUCGACUCCUUGAAACGUGAACUUGCCUUUUUCCAAGCACAAGUGGCUCCACCUCAAGUCAAGAAUCACCAAGUACCAUCACCUGCCUUCUCCAAAGAUUCCCCCAUCGUAGCCCGUAACCAGUCAUCCAGCAAGAAAGUAAGUGGACAGUACACUCCAGGGCUAGCAACACCCAGUAGGCCCCACCCAUGGUACUGUUUCCGUUGCGGAGAAGACGCCCACUUUGCAGUUAACUGUGAAAGUGACCCAAAUCCCCCACUGGUGGAGGAAAAAAGGCAACUGCUCAGAGAGAAACAGCGGCAGUGGGAUCUACAAAAUAACAACACUGUCGCCCAGCCGUUAAACUGCUAGAGGCCCCUGUUGCAGGGCAAACAGGGACUGAGACAUCAACUAAACGCCCUAAAAGAACAAAAAGAGUAGCGAAGUGUAAAGCUAACAUCCUAUCAACCAAACUGCCACGGAAGCUGAUUGGGACAAAAUGCACUGCCCGAGUCUUUAUUGACAACACCCAAGUCGACUGCUUGCUAGAUACAGGAUCUCAGGUGACUACUGUCCCACUGUCAUUCUUCCAAACUCACCUGUCCUAUCACCCCUUGAAAUCUCUGGAUGAUCUUCUGGAUGAAGAGCUGCAAGUACAAGGAGCCAAUGGAGAGGAUGUGCCCUAUCUUGGGUAUGUAGAGCUUGACCUAAUGUUUCCAGAAGAGUUCUUGGGUGAAGAGACUGUGGUCCCUACAUUAGCGUUGGUUGUCCCUGAUUUGGACAGUGUGCCCCAAAUUCUCAUUGGCACCAAUUCAUUGGAUGUCCUCUACUCUGAUUACAUUGACAGACAUGAAUGCCGCCCCCAGUCAUUCCUUCCUGGCUACAGAGUGGUGCUGAAAAUCCUUGAAGUACGGCGAAGACAGGCAAGCGCUGGGGCUCUGGGGUUGGUAAAGGUGCAAAGCAACACUCCUGAAGUGGUGCCAGCAGGCUGCACAGUUGUCGUGGAGGGGCAGGUCCAUGUGAGCAGCGCUUAUCAGGAGAAGUGGGCUGUCGUGGAGGCUGCUUCUGUGUCAUCUCUUCCGGGUGGAUUACUAGUUGCUAGCUCCCUGUGCACCUUACCGGACAAGCGGCCUACCUCGUUGUCAAUCCUGCUGAAAAAUGAGACUCAACAUGACAUCAUCAUCCCGCCAAGAACAGUGCUGGCCGAGGUUCAUGCUGUACAACAAGUGAUGGGAAAGGAACCCCCCACUAAUGUGACCACUCAGGAGACCCAAAGGAUGGAGUUUGACUUUGGGGAUUCCCCCCUACCGUCAGAGUGGAGAGAGCGAAUCACAAAGCUGUUAAACAGUAUGCCAGAAGUUUUCUCCCAACAUGACAUGGACUUUGGUCAUACAGACAAAACAAAGCAUCAUAUCAAACUGAAUGACAACACCCCCUUCAAACACCGACCCAGACCCAUCCAUCCACACGAUGUAGAUGCAGUCAAGAAACAUCUCCAAGAGCUGCUUGACUCUGGUGUCAUACGUGAGUCUGAAUCCCCCUUCGCAUCUCCCAUCGUCAUCGUGCGGAAGAAAGAUGGUUCCAUGAGGCUGUGCAUCGAUUUCAGGAAACUCAACUCACAGACCAUAAAAGAUGCCUAUGCUUUACCAAACUUAGAGGAAGUGUUUUCCCUCUUAACUGGCUCUAAAUGGUUUUCAGUCCUCGAUUUAAAAUCAGGCUACUACCAAGUCGAGAUGGAGGAGGCUGAUAAACCGAAGACUGCGUUUGUGUGCCCCUUGGGCUUCUGGGAAUUUAACAGAAUGCCACAGGGGGUUACUAAUGCGCCAAGCACAUUCCAACGGCUGAUGGAGAGAUGUGUAGGGGAUCUCAACCGCAAAGAGGCGCUGGUCUUCAUUGAUGACGUCAUAGUCUUCUCAGACACAUUGGAGCAGCACGAGUUAAGACUACUACAGGUACUUAACAGGCUGAAAGAGUACGGGUUAAAGUUGUCACCAGAAAAAUGCAAAUUUUUCCAGAACUCUGUUAAAUACCUUGGUCAUAUCGUCUCCCAACACGGCGUUGAGACAGACCCUCAAAAGAUUGAAGCCUUAAAGACCUGGCCAGUACCCAAGAACCUCAAAGAACUUCGCUCCUUCCUGGGUUUUUCUGGGUACUAUAGAAGGUUUGUGAGGGACUAUUCAAAGAUCACCAAACCUCUAAAUGAUCUCACAGCAGGGUACCCACCUCUCAGAAAAACCAGUUCAGAGAAAGAAAAGACUCACCUGUACUACCACCCAAAAGAGUCCUUUGGGAGUAGGUGGACUCCAGACUGUCAAAAAGCAUUUGAAGAGAUCAUCGACAAGCUCACCACAGCACCUGUCUUAGGGUUCGCUGACCCCAAACUCCCCUACAUCCUACAUACUGAUGCAAGCACGACAGGGCUUGGUGCAGCUCUAUACCAGGAGCAAGAAGGACAGAUGAGGGCUAUCGCCUUUGCAAGCAGAGGGUUGACUAAGAGUGAAGCAAAAUACCCUGCUCACAAAUUGGAGUUCCUCGCUCUAAAGUGGGCGGUCACUGCCAAGUUUAGUGAUUACCUGUAUGGCACAGACUUCACUGUCAUCACGGACAGUAAUCCCUUAACUUACAUAUUGACUUCGGCGAAGUUGGACGCCACGAGCUACAGGUGGUUGUCAGCCCUAUCAACAUACAACUUCAAGCUCCAAUAUAGAGCAGGAACCCAGAAUCAAGAUGCAGACGGACUUUCUCGUCGUCCUCACGGAGAGCUCCAGGAUGAUGCUGUCUCGAGAAAAGAGCGUGAAAGGAUCAAACAAUUCACAUUGCAUUACCUGAAGGAUCAGAACACUUCAGAUGCCAUCCUUCCUGACGCUGUGAGAGCCAUCUGUGAGAGGCAUGAUGUUGAGUGGUCUCACAAAAACUCCACAUGUCCAACUCCAUCAGUCACGCUCAUCGAGUCUCUUGCCAUCCACUCUGAUGCUCUGCCCAGUGGUUUCCAACGGGAGGAUGACCAUGGUCUCCCUGUAAUUGGUCAUUGGUCUGAAGAGGAGAUAAGAGCAAAGCAAAGAGCUGAUCUUGAUCUCAAGGUGGUCAUUGAGUACAAGGAGUCUGGGGAGAUGCCAUCUCCUUCCCUGAGAAAAGAGCUCCCAGAUCUCGUUUUGUGGCUCCGAGAAUGGAAGCGCCUAAAGCUCAGAAAUGGAGUGCUAUACCGAACAAGACAAGAACAUGGAAGAGUCACACAUCAACUUGUCCUGCCGACUGAACUGAGAGCACAAGCGUUAAAAGGCCUACAUAAUGACCUGGGUCACCUCGGCAUAGAACGGACUCUCGACCUUGUGAGGUCACGUUUCUAUUGGCCCAGAAUGUCCGCCUAUGUAGAGCAGAAGGUCAAGAUGUGUGAGCGUUGUGUGCGCCGGAAGAUGCCAACCGAGAGAGCAGCUCCUCUGUGUAACAUCAAGACUAGCAGACCGUUGGAGCUGGUCUGCAUGGAUUUUCUCUCGGUGGAGCCUGAUCGAAGCAACACAAAAGAUAUAUUAGUGCUAACAGACCAUUUCACAAAGUACUCAGUGGCGAUCCCAACUCGAAACCAAAAGGCGCAGACUGUGGCUAAAUGCUUAUGGGAGAACUUCCUAGUGCACUAUGGAUUUCCAGAGAAACUUCUGAGUGACCAGGGUCCGGAUUUUGAAUCGCGUACCAUAAGAGAACUGUGCUCCAUUGCCGGCAUUCAGAAAAUCAGGACGACCCCUUACCAUCCCAGGGGAAAUCCCGUGGAGAGGUUCAAUCGGACCCUCCUCCAAAUGUUGGGCACUCUGGAGAACAAGGACAAGGCUCACUGGAGGGAGUUUGUCAAGCCCCUAGUGCAUGCCUAUAACUGCACACGGAAUGAUGUUACCGGUUUCAGCCCCUAUGAACUGAUGUUCGGCAGGCAACCCCGGCUUCCAGUUGAUUUGGCGUUUGGCCUACCUGUGAACCAUGAAUCCAAGUCACACUCCCAAUAUGUUCAUGACUUAAAGGGCCGUCUAGAGGAAAGCUACAGAGUCGCCACAGAGAAUGCUUCAAAGACUGCUGAACGUAACAAACUCAGAUUUGACAAAAGAGUCGUUGAGUCCACUCUGGAAGCAGGAGAUCGGGUUCUUGUGAGAAAUGUGCGGAUAAGAGGGAAACACAAGUUAGCCGAUAAGUGGGAAUCAGAUGUCCACAUUGUGGUCAAACGUGCUGGUAAUCUACCAGUGUAUACUGUCAAGCCAGAGAGUAAAGAUGGACCAUUUCGCACGUUACACCGCGACCUUUUGCUUCCAUGUGGGUUCCUACCUGUGGCUGAGGCCAAGCAACUUCCAAAGCAGCCCGUAAACAGACCUAAAACAAGGGGACAAUCAAGAAUGGAGCUCGCAAAUAAGUCUGAAAGGGCAGAUGAUAACUCAGAGCCAGAAGACGAUGACUAUGGUUACUACCCACCUGGAGAGACGGUAAAUUCUGAGUUUGUGGAAACCUCAAUUUUGACCCGGCCAGAGAGAAUUCCCCCUAGAGAGAGACAGCUUGGAGAGACAACCCAAAUAGCUGUGCCUUCAGUGGAUACACUUCCUGUUCCAAUCAACCUAGAAGAGAGAGUUAAGAUACAGGCUGUAGAGCAACAAAGCAGAGAAAAGGAACGUGCACCUGAAAGAGAGACAGUAAGAUGGACACCUGUGGAGGUCAUUCCAUCCAAGUCAGAGAAACCCCUACCUCUCAGGGCCUCAAAUGAGCCCAGCUCUAACAGCCCAAACUGUUCUGGGUGGAUGAGAAGCCCAGCGGUUGUUGACAUGGAGGCUGAAUUCACCCCACGAUACAGAGAGACAGAUCCCUCCAAAGUAAAAAAAGUGCUGUUUGGGAGUCCUCAACACCCUUCUUCAGACAUUGCAAUGCAUCAGGGUGAAAACUUGCCUGUCCAGCAGCGGGAGUCUCCUUCAGAGCCUAACAUUAUGGAUGAAAGCCUACCUGUUUUCUCGGACCUGUCGUUCAGUGACAGUAGUCAGGAUGAAGGAUCCCUUGUCAAUGAGCCUUCUGAACAAGCGUCAGUAAGCAGGACCAAUGAGGGAACAAUAGCUGGGACAUCUGGAGGAAGAGAAACCCCUCCAGUCAUCAUUGAAGAGGGCCCAAGUAACACUGUCCCCAGACGCUCACUAAGGCACAGAGAAGAAACUAAACGACUACAAUAUGGCCGAUUGGGAAAUCCCCUGUCGUCUGUAGUUCAGUCACUCUCCCAAGGCCUUAACCUUACCUUUGCAGACACACUUCAGACCCAGAGCUGUGCAAACAACCCCCAAGUAACGCCCAUGUCAGUUUUUUAGUCCUGCGGGUGUAACGGGGCGUAUACACCUUUUAGGAGGGGAGGGUGUAACCCAGGUUACUAGGCUCUGAUGAAAGGAUCAUCAAUUUAUUAAACAAAUAAAUACAUAAAUAUCGAGGUUGGUUAAAUAAACACGCCUAAAAUGAUUCUACAUGGAAUAAAUAAAUCAGUUCAUGGUUUAAAAAUAUUAAAAGGUCAAUAAAUAGGUGAAAACCAGUAAUAAUACACAAAUUAUUACAUCUAUUAAAAAGGGUAUUUUAGUUCAUUUGAAUGUGUUUUUUUUUAAAAGAAAAAAGAUGUGUACAAGAUUCGGGUGACAUGCGGAGUUCACAUGACGCAACGUAACCGAUCAGACGUGAUCGGGGUCAGGGGUCUUCUUCCGGUCUCUCUCCCGCGGACUUGGACGCUAAUCUUUCACCGCAGAUUAAAAAACUGACUUUCAGUGCAAGAGAGCAAAAUUUUAGGAAGACGGAGGCUGUUUUAAUUCGGCACGGAGACCGGAGUCUUUUCUUUUCUUUCCUGUGGGUCGGGUUGCGGACCGUUAAACUUGAGAGCUGGACUGCUGAUGAUCCGUGUGGGUGACAUUUGGUCUGAAGAAGUGUGUGUGUAAAUACUGCUUGAGUUUCUGGCCGGGUCUUUUUCUUCCCUGGAUUCAAGAAACGAAGAAUUCUUCUGCUGGGUUCUUCCCUGUUCUGUAAGGUAGAGGGGAGGCUCAGUGGUUGUGGCAGGCCACCCAACAAGGACUGUGAUCUUCGAUUUUGCUUGGAGUUUAUUUUGUGAAUAUUGUCACUGAGCUCAUAUGUAGAUGAAUACUGUUCUCUGUUUUAAGGGUUUCUAUUUUUUUUCUAACGGUUACUAAUACAAUUCAACACAAAACCUACCUAUUGUCAUUUGAGUCCUUUACUCUGUCAUUCAUUACAAAUUUCAAAUACCCCUUUCUCCUGUAGCGAAUUUAGUCUUCUGAUUUACUGGUCCAUUGAGUUGUUAAUAUUAUAAAGAAACAUAUCUGUAUCAUCUAGCUAUUGAUAAGGACAGUCAAGGCUGAGGUGGGUUACAUUAGCGUGCUACAAUAUCGGACAGUAGAAACCAACCAGAAAGUUCGGAAAAUUGUCUGAAUCCUUCUUUAGACCCAACUGCCAAACAAAGUAAAUACCGGAGACUCUGGUGGAAUAACGGGCGCUUAAAACGGAGGUAGACCGGACAAGAGCUAAAAAGCCGGGUCAACAUAAACGAUGGGGGACGCUUCGGGAUCUUGGUGACCCUGUAACCUUUCUGCUGGACAGGUAAACCGCUUUAACAAAGUAAGACAAGUGUCUGUAACAGAAGUGUUUCUUGUCAAACGGACCUGCUGUAGCGUGUUGUAGCACCAUCGCUAAACUGUCCUCCCUCGGGUCCUGGACUAUGUCACUUUAUCCUCGUUGUAGAAGUCCUGCAAACAUUGUGUUUGUUGGUAGUCUGUUGGCAUCUACAGUAGCACCAAUGCUUUUGACUUUCACUUUGACUGGGCCCCAUUUGUAAUGAUCUGAAGUAUUUAUCUGCAUUAUAUCUGAAUUUAAUUGGAACGAUACGAGCGAGCAGGAGCGUCUGUUUGUGGGCGGGGCUUGCUGGAGCAGAGAGGGAGGGGAGAGGAGGGGAGGAGCUGAGGGGAAAACUGGUUGGGAGGGGUAGAGUUUACAUUAAAGAUUUCUCCCUAAAAAUUGGAACUUCCUCAGAUCCCGACUACACCACCUUAAAAUGGACUCAGGCCCAGAGGGGUUUAUGUUCAUGUCAUGAAUGAUGGACUGGCAUGGCUUAGAGUGAAAUUGGUGGAUACCACAAAUGUUAUUGGGUGUGAAUUUGAGCCAGUGCGGUGAUUUCCACGACAGAGUCAUGACUUUUCUCAGUGCAAUGAUUCUCUGAGUUCUGAAUAAACCCGUCUGUCUCUCAGGAGGCGUGUGCAUCGCUCAGUCGGUGAAGAUUCCUCGAGAGCCGACAGCCGGAGAGUUCGAUAAAAUCAUCAAACGUCUGAUGGAGACGAGUAAUGCUCGCGGUGUCAUCAUCUUUGCUAAUGAGGACGACAUCAAGUAAGAAAACACUGACUCCGCCCACUCUGUGACAUCACUGUACCAGUCUAACUAGGGGUCAAAUAACUCAUCCCUUUUGUCCCGGUAGGCGUGUUCUUGAGGCGGCAAAGCGUGCUAACCUUACUGGUCACUUCCUGUUUGUGGGAUCUGACAGCUGGGGAGCAAAGAGCUCACCAAUCACAGAGCUCGAAGAUGUCGCUGAGGGCGCUGUCACUGUCCUACCCAAACGAGCAUCCAUAGACGGUAAAAACACACACACCUGGGGGGUAUUCCAUCAAGCUCGCUUAGCUCAAAGUCUGGCUUAAAUGGCCAAGUCUCGCUUAUUUUAGUGAGAGUUGAGUUUCACCAAUGUGGCUAAGAUAGCUCCAACUUGGUAACCAUGGAAACAUGGUUCUGGCUAAGCCGGACACUUGGAGCUAAGCUCUGACUUUCUGUUCCAUCAACCUGAGCCUCAAUUCUGUUCCAUCAAAGUGGUUAACACGAAUGCCAGCCUUGUAACCAUGGUGACUUAUGCUGCCGGCCAAACCAGGGGCCUGUUCUACGAAGCAAGUUCAAUUUAGCGAGGUAGCCAGCGGUCUCGCUAAGCGGUUUUACGACGCUGGUUAUCAACCUCAUAAGUGGAUCCAGCUUUGCUACGAGCGCGUGCACACAUACAAGGCGGAGCUCGCCGCAUCUGACCAAUUGCGAACAUGGACCAGUCUGGAGCGUCAGAGCAGGCCGGAGAGUGAAGGACCGCGGACUUUACAAACGAGGAGCAGGAGACGAUCAUGAGAAAGUCUGAAGAAUUCAAAGCUAUCAUAAACCUCAAAAGCAACACCGUCGCUGCUGCAAAAGCACGGAGGGAACGCUGGCAGAAAAGUAAUCUUUGAUGUCAUUAUCACCCUGAAAUAGCACUGUUCAACAUGCGCUUUUAACUAAGGUGACAGUCCCCGAAUUGGAUGAUCUGUCCCCGGAUAAAGCUGUCCCCGAAAAUGUCCCUGAUUUAAGCGUUUCAUGAAUGAGAACAAAAAUGUUGCAUGUGGGCUAGAACAACGGUUAUUACAGUAGGUAGGAAGCACAAGUAAGCAGUCCUGAACAACAGUAUUUACGGGGUUAUUAUAAGGGGCGUGUGCUGCUACUAAAUAGUACCGAGAUGUUGUCUGUGAUCACACAGCCCAUGCCCAUUCAUUUUCAAGAUGAAUCAUUCAUGUGUUCAUUCCUGUCGUGUUUACAUGUUUUGUGUAAUAUGUCGGCCUUUCAUAAAGGUGGUCAUCCGGAGAAAACUCUCCCUGAAAUCUCUCGCGAGCCGGAGUGCUCCUCCUCGGACAAUGCGAGCACCGAGGUCUAUAGGAUCCUCCAAGAACGGACAAGCCGUUUUUUGAGAGAGCUCAUUGGUCAGUGGGCGGGGUUUUUAUACUCGGUGAGUUCAAUCUGGAACCUAACCUGCUCCGGAGCAGGUUAGCCGUUCAGCGUAUGUUGCCAUGGAGACUCGCCUCGCUAAGAAGUGAACCCGCGUCAUAGAACAGGAAACCCCGAACUUAUCCUCGAAGUUACCUCGCUAAGCAGUAAUCCUGCUUCGUAGAACAGGCCCCAGGUCUGGAGCAGGAUUAAGGUGAAGAUUAACUCCACUAAUGUCCAAAAAAUGUCCAAAAGACACGUCUGUUUUGCAUUUACAUACACAAUGCACUGAUAAAAUAAUUUGUGAAACCAAAACGUGCUUUCCAUCCACUUUGUAACUAAAAGUGCAUUUGGUAAGUAUUAUGAUUUUGUAAAAAAUAAAAAUCAAUCCGUUUUCGUUUAUCUUGAUUGCAUCCUUAUAGAUAAAGAUGAAUAAAAUAAAAUAAAUAACAAUGAAUAAAUUUAAAGGUAUGAUUAAAACAGGUAGAGGAAGCCUACAUCAGUCACCUAAAAUGUCCUCCAAUCGACUGCCCCUGACAGUCAAUGAUGGCAAGGUGUAGACUAUUAAGCAGAGCAGUCAAGACAGGCAGGGGGACACACAUUCAGCAGAGACAAAGACUAAGAGAACAUGGCAUGUCCAUUCAUUGAGGAUGAGGAGCCAAUUGAUGAAGGGGCACAAAUAAAUCAAAGGGCCUUCUUCAGGCGACCACCAGCCUCGAGGGUCUUCCAGGAGAGGAGAGGAGGAACACAGUCACAGCUUUACAGUUAUAUUUACUAAUACAUUUCACAUUAUUACAGUUAUUAUGCAUCACUGACCAUUUGAAAGGAUGUUUUUAUAUUUUAUUUUGACCUGUUGCCAGGUGCGUUUCUGGCCUCCGAGGUUGCUUCUGUUUGGACAGUAAAAGGAGGUUAAUAAAAGACACAGUGAAUGCUGAGUGAGUUUUAGUUAGUUCCUCAUCCUACUGCACAGUCAUGAAGGUAAAAUGAAGGAAUUAGCUCCUUUUUAUGCAACAAGAGAAUCAAUUAACCCCUGCAAACAUUUAAACAGCGCUCCUCUGAAUAGGGGGAAUUAGGUAAAUGAGAUAAUACAUGAUCAAUUGUGUGAUAAAUGUUUUGCAUAUAAAACAAUUUGAUUAUAGCCACUUCAACUCUGAUUAUAAAGCUGAUUAAAUCACUAUCUGUAGCCUACAACUUGUCUUGUAGUGAAUUUCUUUAAUUUUACAGCCUAAAUUACAAUUCUGUUAUGUCAAACAGGUUGUAUCAUUAACAUUGAGAUGGGAUUAUCAUCUGAAAUAAUGAAUGGAUGAAACAUCACUUACGCAUUCAGCCUGUUGGCAGUUGUCUUCCAUGCUGCCUCUCUGGCUUUGUUUAUCUGAGCGGUGUUACCUUUUUUAGUUAUGAUAUCACGGUAAUCAUCAUAAAACUCCAGAAGGAGGUUUUGUUCAGCAGCAGAGAAAAUCUCUGCCCGUGAUUUUGCAGCAUUCUGAGCCAUUUUGCAACACUUUCAGCACUCGACUUGUUGGGUCUUUUUAUAUUCCGCUGGGAGACGCUCAUUGUGAGGCUUAACAGGUGAGGCUAGAAUUAGUGUCAAGUGGAGCCAGCUGAUCUCGUUUGAUGGAACGGGUUGGGGCUUGGUUUGGAGUGGCCGUUAAUUCAAGCUUCAAGAUUACACCGUAGUCCCGAUUUUCUUAACGACUUUGAUGGAAUACCCCCCAGGACUCUGUUGUGUUUGUGUGUGUUUACCUCUGUGUGUGUGUGUGUGUAUCUUGUCCAGGCUUUGAUCAGUACUUCACGUCUCGUUCUCUGGAGAACAAUCGGAGGAACAUUUGGUUUAACGAGUUCUGGGAGGAUGACUUCAGGUGCAAACUGACUCGACCUGGAAUCAAACUGGACCCCGACAAGAAGAAGUGUACAGGUGAGACCACACCUGGGAGGUUAAGGAUGAAUCUGUCAUGUGACCUGGUGUGUCACGUGACCUGUUGUGUCCCUGCAGGUAAGGAGCGGAUAGGUCAGGACUCGCCGUACGAGCAGGAAGGGAAGGUUCAGUUUGUGAUUGACGCCGUGUACGCGGUGGCGUACGCUCUGCACAGCAUGCAGCUGGACCUUUGUCCCGGCAGCUCCGGAGUCUGCAGCAAUAUGGACCCCGUGGAGGGACGUCUACUGCUGGACUACAUCCGAGCCGUCAACUUCAAUGGUGAGACAGCGAACACUGAGGAAACACACGAUAACAUCAGACAACACUUCAUUUCAAGCUCUAGUAAGCAGUUUUUCUCUUUGCUUUCAUUGCAUUAUUUUGACAUAAAGAAGGAGAAAAGUUUGUUAGCUUGGGCCCUGAUGAGUCUUAAAGUCAGGGAGUCUGUAGAGUUUGUAAAAUCUGUCCGGUUUCUGACUAAAUGAGUCAAAUUAAAAAAGUUGGGUGAGUCUUUAGACUGUGUGCCGAUGAGAAAAGUGUUAGGAAGUCUUUGAUCAGAUGGAGACCUGAUAUGUGGUUCAGACUCUGUUUAGUCUUCAGAGAGAAUUUCAGAGCAGAACAACAGCAGCGUUUUUUUCUCUUAGCUUCAGAUUUAUAUUUUAUAAGACGAGACGCUGCAGCAGCUGGAGAGAAGAGCAUUAAAGAGUCACUGAACUGCACGCCAGCACACCUGACUGACCGCCUGACUGACCGCCUGACUGACCGCCUGACUGACAAUCUGACUUUAUCACUAUGGCACACACAUUAUAUCAUGCAAGUUAAGGUUUAGUGACAUCACAGACUGCACCCACACACAGACUUCACCUGUUCCUGCUGAAAAAGUUAUGAUGUGCCCUGACAGAAGGUGUGGUGAAGUAAACAGCUUAAAUAUGUAAACACAACAAGAUGAAUCAUACAUGAGGACGAGGCAGAGAGGGUCGUUUAAGUUCACACCAAAGUAAGACGACUCAGAGCUCGGUUCACUCAUAUUAAGAUCAACAUGUUUACGUCUCUGUCCCUGGUGAGUCUCUGAUGCUUCGGAUUAAUUAAGAGUCAAACACACCGUAACACCGAGUUAGACACCCCCUCCAGAGUUGCCGACCGCUUGCUUCUCUAGUUAUACCAACUUUAGUAACAACUGCAGGAUAGCAAUACACAGCGGUCUGAGGAGCCAUAAACAAACCUCAACCAAAACGCCACUCUAUAGUCAUAAAUAAUGCUCAGAACAGCACCUAACUUCAUCAACAUGACAUAUAGGGUCACAGACAUAGUACUAGACACCAAACAUCUUUUGAACUUUGACUAAUUUCUUUAGCAAAGAGACUAGACACAACUCACCCACUCUCUUCCAGCAGCCGCUUGUUUGUAGCGAGACCUCAGGCCAGUCCAUUACGGACUACAGCGGGGUGACACAGCUCAAGGAAGAACAUUUAUGAUCAUUUCUUCAUGGAAAUGCAAUCAGACCAAGACAUUAAGGCAGAAGAACUACUGCGUCUGCAGUGCAAAAUGAUUAAUAUGAUGAUUAUUACUUCAAGGAAAUGAUAAAAAAAUCACAAACACCGUCAUAAGUUCAUCAAGUUUCAGUUUGAGCUUCUCAAACAGGUUUGUUGAAAGCAGCAGCAGCAGCUCUGCAGGAUGAAGAAGAAAACAUUUCCAACUCCUCUCUAAAUUAAAAAUUCCUAUCAAUGAAAAACAGAACCGGAUCAGGAGCAGAACCAAAACCAGGAUCAGAAACAGGACCAGAACCAAGUUUAUGGGAUUAUCUGGAUGCUCUUCAGGGGUAUGAAAAUCAUGAAAAUGCACCUCUGAAUGUUCUCCCAUUACCUCUGCACUCGUGAUGCCCCUCUAAAGGAGGAUCUCCUGGUUGUCCUGUCAGGAUAUGAAAUGACAGAAAAGUGCACUCUGGUUUCUCGCUCAUCACAAAGUCAAACACACGAAAGAGUUCCUGCUGGACGCCUCUCCACUCUCUGAGUAUUACCUGUCUGUCUCUCUACAGGUAGCGCAGGUACAGCUGUUUUGUUUAAUGAGAAUGGAGAUGCUCCGGGCCGGUACGACAUCUUUCAGUUUCAGAUGACCAAUCACAGCCACCCUGGGUACCAUGUGAUCGGCCAGUGGACCAAUAACCUGAGACUCAAUGUAAGACAGAGAUGGGGGUUGGCUUUUUUGCACCAGUCGCUCGAACUGUUUCCUCUACCUGUCUCUACUUCAGACCCAUCAGCCUAAUCUGAAUUCUCUCUCUUCCUUCCCUCUCUCUCUUCUCUCACUCUCUCUCGCUCUCUCUCUUCCUCUCUCUCUCUCUCUCUCAGCUGGAGGAAAUGCAGUGGUCUGGAGGAGAUAAAACUGUUCCAGAGUCAGUUUGUAGUUUUCCAUGUAAACCAGGAGAGAGGAAGAAGAUGGUGAAGGGCGUCCCCUGCUGCUGGCAUUGUGAGGUAAGAUCAAUAUCAUCUUCAUCAUCUUCAUCAUCGUCUUUACGGUGAUUUAUUUUGGUGAUGAUCCCUUUUACUAAGAGAUAGAAUUACACGAACCGGUAUCUGCUGUUGGUUUUUGUCUCCAUAAACUCAGCUAAAACAAAGGUUUAGAUCAUUCUGCAGUACCACUUUUCACCACAGGGGCCGCCAGAAACAACAUAGAUCCAACACACUGGAUCAAGAGCCCCACCAGGGGCAAUUUUAUAAUGUAACCCAAAAACGAAGGAACGCACAGAAACCUAACACACCAAAUCCAAAACACUCUUUUCCUGGCUCGUCUCUCUGACUGUAUCGGGUCUGUGGCUUGUCUGUCUCUCUCUCUAUAUCUGUGUUUUGUCCGAGCAGUCUGUCCUCUCUCUUUCUCUCUGUCUCUUUUUGACCGAUACCUGUCUGUCUACAGCUCUGUGAUGGGUAUCUGUACCAGGUCGAUGAGUUUAACUGUGAGACCUGUCCAUCAGACAUGCGCCCCGCCCCCAACAGAACCAUGUGCAGUCCCACUCCGAUCAUUAAACUGGAGUGGAACUCCCCCUGGGCCCUAGUGCCUGCCUCUCUUGCCCUGCUUGGUAUCCUAGCGACCAGCGCUGUGGUGAUCACCUUCAUCCGUUAUAAUGACACGCCCAUCGUCCGGGCUUCAGGGAGAGAGCUCAGCUACGUCCUCCUGACAGGUGAGGAGAGAACAGAUUGAAAUGUGUCAGAAUAAUGUGAUUUUUAUUUUGAAGGGUUUCCAUGAACAUCUCGUCUUAAUGCCUUCUUUCAGCCAACAGCUUAGCUGAUACUCUUCUAUGAAACCAACCAGCAAAUGUCAAAACAAACCCGCCUCCACACAGCUCCUCCUUUUGAUGCAGGGUCAUAUUGAUUUUCACUCAUGCCUGAUUUGUCCUAAACCCUGGGGUUUUUGCUGCUGCUCUGCCUGCCUCACCCCCAAUUUCCACCGCAUCCGGAACAGCCACAAAGAGGCCUUAUCCGCUGAUCAUAGCUGAUCGUAACCAUUCAAGUAAACGUGUCAAUUUCCACCAGCUUCUUUCCGUUCCGCUGCGGAUCGCCGGACUCCACAGCUGAUCGCAAGAGUUCUAUUUUUUCUGGGCGCUGGAGCAUGGCGGAUAAAUUUAGCACAGAUUAACCCGUGCUGGAAAGGAAGUCGGGCACAGACACAAAAGAAAACAUAUGGCUUCUUUUCAAAAUAAAACACUCUGUUUCAGGUGGAUCAUAUUUCACACCACGCAAACGGACAGAGACGAACAAGUGAAAGGUUUAUAGACAUCAUUUCACCCUGGUGACACCAUGGAUGAGGAGAUGCUGAUUCUAGAAGGACACAAUCUCAAUCAAUCAAUGACUUUAUUUGACUCUGAGGAGAAAUUUCUCUUGGGCUUACAAUGUACAGUGUUGUUGUACAUAUAGUUCAUACACCAUACACCAACCCAAGUUCAAUUCAUACACCAUGGUGAGCAGACAAUACAUACAGUGACACAACAAAAUAUCAUUACAAUGGUGUGGUACUACACUCUACUGGUACUGUGCUGUUCUAGUUCUAGUUAUCUGUUAUUAAGUGCUUUGACUGCUAACGGGACAAACGAGAGCUUAAACCUAUUAAGCCUCCAUGGUGGCUCCUUAUAUCGUCUGCCUGAUGGCAGUAGUAUGAAUUCCUUGUACAAAGCAUGACUUUGGUCAUGAAUGACUUUAAUACCCUGUUUCAGUACUGUACUGUCAGAAAUCUCCUGGAGGGUGCAUGGAGGCUGCACUCCUAUGAUUUUACCAGCUCUCUUAAUCAAGUUUUGUAGUUGAGUUUUAAGUUUGACAGACAGGUUACCAAACCAUGUAGUAAUGCCAUAUCUUAUUAUGGAUUCUAUACUGGCUCUGUAGAACAUCAUCAUGAUGGUGGUGUACCUAGCAAUAGCUAGGUACACCAUGGAUCCUGAGUUUCUCAGAAAAUGAAGUCGUUGGUUGAUGCGAGAACAGACAGAGUCAGCUUGACAGGCCCAGCUUAACUGGCGAUCAAAAUAAAUACCCACAUGUUUCUAUGAAUCCACCUGCUCCACUCUCUCUUCUUUGAUUAGGAUCAGCCCUUGAUCCCCCACGGAUCUGGGAUCAAAGACUAUCUCCUUGGUUUUUUUGACGUUUAGAAACAGAUUCUUCCUGUCACACCACCCCACCGCCCCUUCUAUCUCCUGUUCAUACAGGGUGAUGUUGUCAGAUGUCUUCAAUAGACUAAGGAUUACUGUAUCUAAUGUCAUUGUUUGGAUUCUGAUUCCUCAAGUUGUUGGUAUAUAUGAUGAACAGGACGGGGGAGCUGACACAGCCCUGAGGAGUCCCUGUACUUAUGAACUGUGUGUCAGAGAGAGUGGAGUUAACUUUGACCUUCUGUUGCCUUUCUAUAAGAAAAUCACAGUACCAUUUAAUCAUAUAUGGGUUGACAUCCAUCUCCUUCAGACUUCCUAGCAAAGUCUGAGGGAGAAUGGAAUUAAAUGCACCACUGAAAUCCAUGAACAUUAGCCUGGCAUAUGCCGAGGGAUCCUCCAGGUGUUUUAGAAUCAGGUAUGUAGUGUAGUUCAGAGCGUCAUCACCAGUGCCUCCGCCUCUAUUAUAGGCAAACUGAUGGGGAUCUAAAAGGUUUCCCUACCAUGAUCCAUUCCAGUGAUUUCAUAACUAUUGAUGUUAAAGCUACUGGUCUGAAGUGGUUAUUUUCCUUCGGGCAGGAAUUCUUGGCCACAGGGAUGAUUACAGCCUCCUUCCAUAUGGCCGGAAUGCUGCCCGAAUGCACUGCCGCUGCACUGUAUUUAACAUCUCCCUGCUUUCAUGGACAUUUUUAACAGGAUCAGAAUCAAAGAUCAGAAUCAAAGCGUUUAUAAAAUAAAUUAAAUUCAUUCAUUAUUUAAUUAAAUUCAUUUGCCUUAUCUAAUUCAUUAUGUACCUGUAGGUCUUUUUUACCAGAGUUCAUACUAGUCAUUUCUCUAACAGAGUUCCACAUUUCCCUUGGGCUUUUAGAGAAGGCCUCUCGUACAUGUGUACUAUGCUGCUCUCUGGCCUCCUUCAGCUUCCUAUUAAGUUCUUUUUGUACUUUUAGUUCCAUCCUGUUGUUGCUCCGAAAGGCUUGCUUCUUUCGCCUGAUACAGUUCUUGAUGUCAGGGGUGAUAUAGUUUGUUGUUAGGGAAUAUUUUUAUAGACUUUUUUGGAACUAUAGAGUCAACACAAAAAAGGAUGUAAUCUGUGAUCACCUCUGUGGUCCUGUCGAUGUUGUCUUCAUGAAACACCUCCCAGUCUGUGGCAAAGAAGCAGCCACUCAGCUCCUCCUUGUUAGUAUCCUGCCACACACUGACAGUUUUCGAGACAGGUUUCCAUCUCUUAAUAGCAGACUUAUAUGUGGGUAUUAAAAGUAUGGUAUUGUGGUCUGAGCUUGAGAGGGGGGAUCAGAUUCUAGCUUCAUAUGCAUGAUUAAUAUUACCGUAGCAUUUGUCCAAUAUCUUGUCCUUCCUUGUGCUGUUGCGGACGUAUUGCUGGAACCCUGGAAAGGGCUUGUUCCAGUCUACAGUGGUUAACAUCUCCCAGGGUAAACAGCGCUGCGUCCGGCUUGUUCUUGAGCUGCUGAUGGACGCAGUCUGCUAUGCAUGAUGCAGCCCUGGACGCGUUCCCACUGGGAGGGAUGUAGACCGCGCAGAUAAAUAUGUUCCCAUAGUCUCUUGGGAGAUGAAACGGCCUCAGACUUAAACAUAGAAGCUCCAGGUCCGGAGAACACACAGUAUCUUUUACAGUGUAAUUCCUACACCAAGAAUCUCUGAUAUACAUGCAUAUCCCGCCCCCUCUACGUUUCCCCGAGUUAUCGUUCCUGUCCAUGCGGACAGUAGUGAAGCCCGGUACCUGAACCAGCUCAUCCGGGAAGUCAUCCUGGAGCCAGGACUCCGUGUACACCAUGAGACACAACUCCCUGUUUUUGUGACAGAUUCUUGUGUUGAGCCGUAGCUCUUCCAUUUUAUUCUGUAGGGAGUGAGCAUUGCUAAAGAGUAUAGAUGGUAGCGGUGGUUUGUUGUGCCUCCGUCGGAGCCGUUGUUGAAUGCCGCCCCUCUUUCCUUGUUUCCGAGGCUUCCUCUCUCCUCGUUGUAGCAGCAGCUCCUCUGGAACAUGCUCCAGCAGGCCCGGUUCUGGUUCUGGCGUGGCUCUCCUCCGAAGGGACAGCAGCCGUUCCCUGCCGUAGACCCACAGGACCUGCUCGCUUCCCCGUGGAAGUGCAGUGUUAACGUUGUGUUGAAUGCACGUGCAGAUGCUAGCUGUUAUUAGCAAUAGCAGCAUUAGCCCUCCAGUCUUUUUCCCCAUUUUGCGGUCGUUCUUCCUCUACACGGCCCGGGCAGCCUGCCAGCGCCCAGCAGCUUCAGUGUAACUUGGCAAAACGUAUCGUGAGGUUACAAUCCAAUGAAACAAACCACCACCGCCAACAGUAGAACAAUAAAAACAACAACGCUGUGCCCUUGCGCCCGAGUCGCAGCGGUGCCACACCACCUCUUCUGCUUAAAUGUCUAUGUGUCUGUCUUUAUGGAGACAACUCGUUAUCGCGCGAUUGCAUGUGAAUCUGCGGGUUCUUGUGAGUUCUCGUGAUUUCUGCUAUCCGUAACCCGCCACAAAAUUCUCCUCACAAAUGGCUCCAGUAGGAAUUGGCAUAUGGCGAAAAUUGCAGCCCUUCUGGAUGCGGUGGAAAUCCCAGGUUAACUUUUCGUGUCUGAUGUAGAGGAGGUCUGCUCUUCCCACCUCAGUCUCGUCUCUGCCUCUCUGCAGGUAUCUUCCUGAUCUACCUGAUCACCUUUCUUAUGAUCGCUGAGCCAAGUGUGUUGGCGUGUGCGCUGCGGCGGCUCCUACUGGGCCUCGGCAUGGCGAUCACCUACUCUGCCAUGUUGACCAAAACCAACCGGAUCUAUCGCAUCUUUGAACAGGGCAAGAAGUCAGUGACCCCACCCAAAUUCAUCAGCCCCACCUCCCAGCUCAUCAUUACCUUCAUCCUCAUCUCAGUGCAGGUGAGAACUCAGGUGUCGAACACGGUCCCGUUUCUCAGUCCUCUCACAUGUUUCAGGUUUUACUUCCAUUUUUUUAUUUUAGGUGCUUGGCGUAUUUGUUUGGUUCACUGUCAUCCCUCCACACACCAUCAUUGACUAUGAGGAGCUCCGCCCACCUAACCCUGACCUGGCCCGUGGCAUUCUAAAGUGUGAUAUGUCAGACCUGUCAAUCAUCUGCUGCCUGAGCUACAGCAUCGUCCUCAUGGUAACCCACCAAUCCUGUUUGAAUCCAGUUCUGGAUCUGUAAUGAUCCUGAAUCUAUCCAUCAUGGAUCCAGUACUGAUCCAGGACUGAUCCUGUAUUGAUCAGUGGAUCAGUUAUUUGCUCCUGACUGUUUUGAACUCGCUGAUAUCACAUUGACCUUUGACAGGACAUUUCAGUAACUUGGUCACUUCCAUCAUUCCUGCUGCUAGGUAACGUGUACUGUGUACGCGGUGAAGAGUCGUGGUGUUCCAGAGACCUUCAACGAGGCUAAACCCAUUGGUUUUACAAUGUACACCACCUGCAUCAUCUGGCUUGCUUUUGUGCCGAUCUUCUUUGGGACUGCACAGUCCACCGAGAAGGUAAGAACCAGAUCAGGACGGCUUUACACCAGAGCAGUUCAAAACCAGGUUCAGCCACUUCCUGCAACAAGAAUUCAUGAACUGUCUGCAAUGGUUAUUUUUCCUGACAUGGCUCUUUGUUGAGAACACCCUGGGUUUCCACAAGCCAAAGUCUGGGCCAGGGAGAACAGCAUCAGGAAUAAAACAGAUGAUACUGGGAAAGGCAAAUAUGGCAAAAAAGGGGAGGGGGCUGUGUUGGGACCUUACAUGACAAGCCAAGGCGGGGAGAGCAACAGCUAAGACCCUCCAGGUACAAAACAGAUAAGGUGUAAUAAGGAGGAGCUUUGGGUAGAGGUGCAGCUGAUAUGAGCUGCUGUCAGGACCAGUAGGUACACUCUGGGCUCAUCUUGUCUUCUGUGGCCUGCCUGAACUAACACAAUGCUCCGCUAAAACCAGGACAGAACCAGUUCAGAAACUGAGACCCCGCCUCUUUGUUACUGUGAGAUCUGGUGUUUUAGACCCUGAAAACACACUGCUGUAUUAGAGUCUGUGUUUCCUCCUGUGAAACACCUGAACACUGAUCAGCAGCAGGGCUGAGGCUCAGCAUGAGCAGAGCGGCAGGUGACUUACCGUCAUCAGGACUUAAUGUGUGUCUGUGGUUCAGAGUGAGUUCAGGGAGGGACGCCGGAUAAAUCUGAGCAGAAUUAGACACAAAGUGGAACAGCUGGAUUAAACGGAUUAUAAUCCAACACAGGACACCAUCAGACUACAGAGAGCUUCACACAGACACAGGUAAGAGACAGGGAAAUAAAAGACAGAGAUCAGAAACCAAGGUCCAAAAGAUCCACACCAAGACCUGCUGCUAACACCUCCAACCCUAAUCCUCCAGAGACUGGUUUAAGUUUAUCCAAGUCCAAAAAUCCAACGCAGAAAGUGGUGGUGGUUGCUGGGUUCUUGUGUUUGACUGGUUUUUGUGAUGCCCUCCAUGGAAAGCCACAGCACACUACAAAGCCAAGCCUUCAGCACCAUUCAAAACCAUCAGCAAUAAAUGGUUCAAGUCCAUGACAUAAUGACUGAGUUGGAGGAGAUAAAUUGGAGUUUACGGAGUUUCAGUGAAAAUUUUUUUAAAGGGUUUGUAGAGAUCAACAUGGUCUUUGUGGAGGCUUUAGUUGUCAUUUUAAGGUUUUAGGGAGGGUGUGGUUGAGUAAUCCUGUUUCCCCAGGAUUGCCACCGCAUUCAGAACAGCUCUGAUCCGGAACAGCAGCAAUUUUAGCUGUACGCUGUUUGUAAGCAAAUUUUGUGGUGGAUUACAGACAGCAGGAAUUGGGAGAACGCACAAGAACCCGGGGAUUCACGUGCAAUCGCGCAAUAACAAGUUGUCUCAAGCCACAUAGGCUAACCAUAUAAGCAGUAGAUUGUGUCCUUCCAGAGGAGGAAAUCUACUUCUAGACUUCCAGAAUCAGCAUCUCCUCAUCCAUGGUGUCACUGAAACCUUUCACUUGCUCGUCUCUGUCCGUUUGCAUGGUGUGAAAUAUGAUCCACCUGAAACACGGAGUGUUUUAUUUUGAAAAGAAGCCGGAUGUUUUAUUUUGUGUCUGUGCCCGACUUCCUUUCCAGCACGGGUUAAUCUGUGCUGAAUUUAUCCGGCAUGCUCCGGUGUCCGGAAAAAUUUUUUUAACUCUUGCAAUCAGCGGCAGAGUUUCGCGAUCCGCAGUGGAAUGGAAAGUAGCCGGUGGAAAUUGACACAUUAACUUGAAGUUUACGAUGAGCUACGAUCGGCUAAUACGGCCUUUUAAUAGCUGUUCCGGAUGCAGUGGAAAUUGGGGGUUAUUGUUUGUUGCAUCCUCUCAGGGUGUGUUUGAGUCAUUAGGAGAUUAGAGACCUCUGAGCGUUUGACUCAAGAUGUUCCGCUACGAUUAUUAAGGUUCUGGAGGAAUUCGACUAAGUUUUGUGUCUGCCACCACAGUUGUUUAUCCAGACGGCCACUCUGACAGUGUCCAUGUCACUCAGCGCCUUUGUCUCUCUCGGGAUGCUCUACAUGCCGAAGGUUUAUGUCAUCAUCCUCCACCCUGAGCAGAAUGUCCAGAAAAGGAAGAAGAGUUUUAAGGUCUGUCGUCUGAUUGUUGCUCUUUUCUAGAAGUUGCUGUGUUUUCUGAGGGUUGCCUGACAGUUUUUGUGUUGUAGGCUGUUGUUCAAGCUGCCAAGAUGUCCCAGAAGACUUCAAAUGAGAAACAGAACGGAGAGAUGGCGAUUGAACCAGACAGAUCACAAUAAAACAAAAAUGAGUUUUCAGACACCAGUUUAAUGAGUACCUGUGCAGUAAAAAUAUACACCAUCUUUCAAAAGUACUGUUUGAAUUUGAGCUCCUUUGUCUUUAGAUUCAUCAACUUGUCGCUCCUGUGGAUGUUUGGCUCAACACCCGUCACAUGGAUAAUAAGAAGGCUGCUCCACAUAAAGACCAUGUUGCCUGAGAUGAUCAGCAUGUGGCUCCAGACAAUGAAACAAUCUCUGAGGAAUCCAAGAAUAUGGAAUUUUUGAAAUAUCUGUUGCAAAACUCUUGGAGAGAAGACACUCUGUACGACUCCUAAAUUUUUUUUUAGCAUGCCAACCUCACAAGCAAAUCCCUGCAGAGCUGAUGACGCUGCACUCUGUGUUUUCUGCUGAUUAAAAGUUGGCAUUGCCAAGAUGGUGAAAGUGAAACCAAAGAUAAACGCAUUGAGAGUUUUUGUUUAUUGUAAUUUUUAUCUGUGUGAUUCUGUCUGAGAAGAGCAAUACUGCAAGAACUACAUUGCCCAGGAUGCAUUGUUAGAAAAGAGCCAGAGAGAUCUUUAUCUAUUAAUACUAGGGGUAGAGAUGAUGAUGAUGGGGGUGGGGCUUAUUUAAUAAUGUGACCGGAAGGUUGGACUCACAUGGUAAAAUAGUAGGUCAAUCAGGAGGUGGGUGGGGCUAACCCUUCCUCUGGGUUAUAAAAAGAGAUAUUUCUGACUGAGCUUCUAAAUGUUUCAGCCGCUGGUUAAAGAUUCAUGAUCAGCUGAGCAGCUCAGGAGCAAGGCAGCAACACCACAGUUCAAUUUCCCAAAGAGUCAAAGAACUAGGUCAGCUUCUUCUGCUGCUGUUUGCAGGAACAGGAAGGACACCCUGACACCAAACACAGAGUAUGAAUCCAACUCUGACUGUACAGUUUUACUGUAUAUACAUAUAAAUACAUAGAUAGUGAAAUUUUAGAUGGAAAGGGAUGUAACUUCUUUAAAAAAUGUUAAUUUUGGUGGUGAUCUAACUGUUAAAUCUGAUCUUAAACCUUAAUGUAAAUUGUUAAUUGACGACUAAUUGCAAAUUGAUAUCUGACCUUUUUGCGGUACUAAAUAUUUUUUUAUAUCAUCAAAGAUUUUUAUUCAGAGACAGAGAGGAACAUUGUCCUGCAUUUUUUUUGACAUUUUAAGUUGAAAGGAGUGUUUUCAUUUGGGCUUUAACGUUAAUAGAUUAUUAAUCAGGGGAACUGUGGCUUGUAUAUAAUAUAUUCACAAGGUAAACAGGUGAGAUGUUACUGAAGGUUUACCUGUCCUAGGGAUCUAUGUCACUUCCUGUUUGUGUUACAAUAAAACUGUGUUUGUGUAAACUGGA